AUGAAACCCAUUGCUACUACUAAAUCCUCUUUGGCUUUAGGAUCUCUCUUUGCCCUAUUAUUCUCCAGUACCCCUACUCUAGUCAAAGCUUCCUCAGACUGCCAGUAUAUUGAAGGAAAUUAUUAUUGCAACGAAGUUAAUAAAGUCGUCUAUUCAGGAAUCGGAUAUUCUGGUUCUUACCAACAAGUCUCUUAUUUUAAUACAACAGAUUGUUCUUGUAAUCAAACACCUUAUUCUUUCUCCGGUUCACUUACUCCUCUCGAUGAAGAACUUUCAGUCCAUUUCCGUGGUCCAAUCAAUCUUAAACAAUUUGCCUUUUAUUCAGUUGAUUCUUCAUCAUCUUCAUCUUCAUCAAAAAAACAUAAACGUAACCAACAAGAUUCCCCUCAAAAAGUUCGCAGACACGUCCACCAUGCUCAUGAACAUGAUGUAAACAAAAGAGACGCUAAGCCUGAUGCUGUCUACGUUACAGCUACUGCCUACGUAACCCAAGUUGUAUACGCACAAGUAGAUGCUGCUACUAAUAACGAAAAUAAUAACAACAACAACAACAACAACAACAACAAUAAUAAUGACGAAGACACUACUACUACGUCCUCAUCUUCCUUGGCUAAUCAACAAGUUGUCGUCGUCACCACUGUGGUUCAACAAGCUUCCGAUGCUUCUUCUUCUUCUUCUUCUUCUUCUUCUUCUUCUUCUGCUGCACCAGUUGUUGUUUCUUCUUCUUCUGCUGCUGCUGCCCCAGUUGUCGCUUCUUCUUCUUCUUCUUCUUCUUCGGCUGCUGCUGCACCAGUCGUCACAUCCUCUUCAUCUUCUGAUGUUGCCCCAGUCAUUGCCUCCUCUUCUUCAACCCCCUCAACUAGCUCUCUUGUCGCUCAAACUACCUUCUCUGUAGCCUCUCCAAGCUCAACUGCUUCUUCUUCUUCUUCUUCAUCUGCUUAUGUUCGCUCAGGUUAUUACUCCUCCUCAGGAACUCUCGAUGGCUUAGUCUUCCUCAACAACAUGGGAGGCUCUGCAGGUUCCGGUGUUUGGGACUCUUGCUUUGGUAACUCUCUUUCUUACGCAGCUUCUGAUGGUGUUUCUGGCGCCGGUUCUUCUCAAACCCUCAGCGACGUCACCCUUGCCUCAAACAAAGAAUUUAGUAUCUGGUCUUCAACCGAAUGCUCAGGAGAUUCAUGCGGUUACUAUCGUCCAGGCUCCGUGGCCCACCAUGGCUUUGGCGGCUCUGCUAAAAUCUUUGCCUUUGAAUUCUCAAUGCCAACAGAUUCUGAUAGCAGCUCCUCUUUUAACUACGAUAUGCCUGCUGUCUGGCUUCUUAAUGCCCAAAUUCCUCGUAACCUUCAAUAUGGAAAUAGCGCUUGUUCAUGUUGGGCCACUGGUUGUGGUGAAAUGGAUCUUUUUGAGGUUCUCAAUUCUGGGAAUAAUCGUCUCACUUCUCACCUUCAUAGUGGUCAAGGUGCUACUUCUUCUUCUAAGAAGGUUCGUCGUGAUGAACUUUUCCCUCACCUUAAUAAACGUGCCACUGCUGUUGUUGGUGGUGGUGGUGGUACUUCCGACUAUAUUUCUCGUCCUACUUCCGGUACAAUGAAGGCAGCUGCCAUUUUCCAAGAUGGUUCAAUCACCAUUGUUGUUUUACCUGAUGAUACUACUUUUGAUUCUAGUCUUGAUGAAAAUACAGUUGCUGAGUGGCUUGCUUUGAAUUCGGAUUCUGCUGCUAGUGUUGUUCUUUAA